AUGCUUGAAGAAAUCAAGAUGCCUUCAGAAAGGAGACGAAUAUUUUCUGAUGGAGCCAAGUUUGACAGACUUAGUGGGCUUCCCGAUGAAGUUCUGCACCAUGUACUCUCCUUCCUUGAUACCAAGUGUGUUGUUCAAAGUAGCAUUUUGUCAAACAGGUGGAGAUCACUCUGGAAAACGGUUCCCGUGCUCAAUUUCGAUGGUGAAUCCUUCAACGAGCACAACUUCAAGGACCAUGUGGACGAACUUCUAAAAGUCUAUUUUGUCAACUCAUACAGGCUUUGUCGUGUAUCGAUUCUCAAUUGUCCUGGAUUCGGAGAGAGGUCUGAUAUCUUUGCCGCCAUCUUCCGCUCAAUCUCCCUCUGCGACCAUUCAAUCGAGACUCUGGACUUAAAACGAGUCCAGUUUGAUAAUAUGACAUUUGGGUUGCAAAGCUCUGGUUUCAAAGUGCUUACCACUUUGACCUUGUCUGAGUGCUACUUGGAUUUCUCUAGCUGGAACCAGCCGCUCAACCCGUUUGCUCGUUUUCCCAUGUUGAAGAAUUUGGCACUAAUAUCUUGCAGUUGUUCUCUUGGUGACAAUCCCGAAGAUGACGAGACAAUGAGGUGUUUGAAAGUUGUUGGACUCCAGUUGCUUAUCCUAGAAGUAGACGAUGUAUUUGGUUUCGAUGAGAUAAAAGUAUUUGCACCAAAUCUGAAACGGUAUACUUACAAGAAUCGGAUUCGUGACUUUUCUCCAAUGACAGAAGUCUUGGUCAAUGUCCCUUCCUUAGAGCAUGCCGAUAUCAAGUUGUUGGGAUACAAGGGCUUGUAUGAUGAGUAUAAGCAAGAGGCAAACCGACAAUAUGCAAACUUGUUCCUUGGUAUGAGUAGAGCAAUGUCGCUUGUCUUCCAAUUCGAUACCGCCAAGAACUUGGAUAGUUUCUUUAUGCCACGGGUAAGAUCAUCUUCUUGCGACGCCGAACUCAUGAUUAAAGAAAUCAAGAUGCCUUUAGAAAGAAGACAAAUAUUUUCUGAUGGAGCCAAGCUGGACAGACUUAGUGUCCUUCCCGACGAAGUUCUGUACUAUGUACUCUCCUUCCUUGAUACCAAGUAUGUGGUUCGAAGUAGCAUUUUGUCAAAUAGGUGGAGAUCACUAUGGAAAAUGGUUCACGUGCUCAAUUUUGAUGGCGAAUCCUUCAACGAGCACAACUUCAAGGACCAUGUGGACCAACUUCUAAAAAUUCGUUCUGUCAGCUCUCACAGACUUCGUCAUGUAUCAAUUCUCAAUUGUCCUGGAUUCGGGGAGAGGUCUGAUAUCUUCAACGCCCUCUUCCGCUCAGUCUCCCUAUAUGACCAACCAAUUGAGAAUCUAUACUUAAAACGAGUCCAAUUUGAUAACAUGGCAUUUGGGUUGUCAAGCUUUGGCUUCAAAGCACUUACAAUUUUGGCCUUGUCCGAGUGCUACUUGGAUUUCUCUAGCUGGAACCAGCCACUCAACCCGUUUUCUCGUUUCCCCAUGUUGAAGAAUUUGGCACUUAUAUCUUGCAGUUGUUGUCUUGGUGAUGAUCCCGAAGAAGAUGAGACAAUGAGGUGUUUGAAAGUUGUUGGACUCCAGUUGCUUAGCCUGGAAGUAGACGACGUAUUUGGUUUCGACGAGAUAAAAGUAUUUGCUCCGAAUCUCAAACGGUGCACUUACAAGAAUGAGAUUCACGACUUUUCUCCAAUGACAGAAGUCUUGUUCAACGUCCCUUCCUUAGAGCAUGCCAAUAUCAAGUUGUUGGGAUACAUGGGCUUGGAUGAUGAGUAUAAGCAAGAGGCAAACCGACAAAAUGCGAACUUGUUCCUUGGUCUGAGUAGAGCAAUGUCUCUUGUCUAA